AUCCCUAACUUCUUCCCCUACACUCUCUCACACCAUUUUCUCGAGAAAAUUUCCAAAUUUGUUUCGAUUUAGCCCAGAAAUUUCGGUAACUAUUCAGAUUCGAUUCGACUGCGAGAAUCAGAAAGAGGAAACUUGUUAAUUUUGCUACUUCUCUCCGUUUCCGUUCUUCUUCUAGUAGCUGAUCGAAUUCCAUGGGUACUUCUCAAAGUCGCGAAGAUCGAAUCACCGAAUCGGAUACAGAUUCCGAUUCAGAUUACUAUGACGAAGAAGACGAGGAUCAAUACGAUGACGCGAAGAAGCAAGGAUCGUCGUCUGUUUCUGGUUCAAGACCGUCUGAUUCUUCUUCUUCAGGACCAUCUGAUUCUUCAUCUCUCGAUAUUGAGGAGAAGCUAAAAGCCUUGAAGUUGAAAUAUCCAUCUUCUUCUUCCGUAACACCCAAGAUGAAGAACGCGGUUAAGCUUUACCGCCAUAUAGGUGGAAACACACCCAAAGCGAAAUGGAUUAUCACUGAUAAAAUGACAUCGUAUAAGUUUGUGAAAACUUCGUCGGCUGAUGGAGAAGAUAUUGGUGAUUAUGAUGAUUGUGAAGAAUCAGGUGAAGGAGGUGAGUCUUUUUGGUUUCUGGGUGUUGGUUCUAAGGUUAAAGCUAGGGUUUCCACGGAUAUGCAGUUGAAAAUGUUUGGGGAUCAGCGUAGAGUUGAUUUUGUGAGUAAUGGUGUUUGGGCUUUGAAGUUCUUGACGGAUGAGGAUUAUAGGAAGUUCGUUACUAGGUUUCAGGACUAUCUGUUUGAGAAUGUGUAUAAGAUCAGGGCAAGUGAGGAGAAUAGGAUUAAAGUGUAUGGGAAAGAUUUCAUUGGGUGGGCUAAUCCUGAAGCUGCUGAUGAUUCUAUGUGGGAGGAUGCUGAAGCUCCACCUGAUGAAGAGGAAACUCAGGCCAAGAGAAAUACGGAUUUGACGGAAGAAUUCGAAGAGGUGGCUAAUGGUGGAGUGCAGAGUUUGACUUUAGGAGCGUUGGAUAAUUCAUUCUUGGUGAAUGAUUAUGGGGUUCAGGUUUAUAGGAAUAUGGAGCGUGGGAUUCAUGGGAAAGGUGUGUGCGUGAGAUUUGAUUCUGGAAAUUCAAAGUUCGGUUCGGGUUCGAGCCAGACAACACCAAACAAGGCUCUUUUGAUGAGGGCAGAGACUAAUAUGAUGCUGAUGAGUCCAGCUAAACAAGGGAAACCAAAUUCCACUGGUGUUAAGCAGCUCGACAUAGAGUCAGGGAAGAUUGUUACUGAAUGGAAAUUCGAGAAAGACGGGACUGAAAUCAUGAUGAGAGACAUAACAAAUGAUACCAAAGGGUCGCAGCUAGAUCCAUCAGAGUCUACCUUUUUGGGAUUGGAUGAUAAUAGGCUGUGUCAAUGGGACAUGAGGGACAGGAGAGGUAUAGUGCAGAACAUCGAAUCUCCCAUCUUGGAAUGGACUCAAGGCCAUCAGUUUUCUAGAGGAACCAAUUUCCAGUGCUUUGCAACUACUGGAGAUGGGUCAAUUGUUGUGGGAUCGCUUGACGGAAAGAUAAGGCUGUAUUCAAAGACCUCAAUGAGAAUGGCAAAAACGGCUUUUCCAGGGCUCGGUUCACCAAUUACACAUGUGGACGUUUCUUAUGAUGGAAAAUGGAUAUUGGGCACAACAGAUACGUACUUGGUUCUUAUUUGCACCCUUUUCACAGACAAAGAUGGUCGGACAAAAACAGGAUUUAGCGGAAGAAUGGGAAACAAAAUACCAGCGCCGAGGCUGCUGAAGCUAACACCACUAGAUUCACACUUGGCAGGAAAAGAUAAUAAGUUUCAUGGCGGUCACUUCUCAUGGGUAACAGAGAGCGGGAAGCAAGAGAGACACAUAGUAGCAACAGUGGGGAAAUUCAGUGUGAUAUGGGACUUGGAGCGGGUGAAGAACAGUGCACACGAGUGCUAUAGAAACCAACAAGGACUCAAGAGCUGUUACUGCUACAAGAUCUUGUUGAAGGAUGAGUCAAUUGUUGAGAGCCGAUUCAUGCACGAUAACUUCUCCUUCUCCGGUAACAAAUCGCCAGAAGCACCGCUUGUGGUUGCCACUCCUUUGAAAGUCAGCUCCAUCAGCCUCUCUGGAAAACGACUUUAAAAACAGUUUGAAUCUAAAAGCUUUCCUUUGGUUUUGUAAUGAAAUUUGAUUGUAGUGUUUGGCUUUUUGUCAUCGUGUGAAGGUUUGUGUUGAAUGAAUGGCAUUUGGCUUU